CCAAACUAGGCCACAAUUGGAAUUGACUUCCUGUCGAAAACCAUGUACUUGGAAGAUCGAACGGUGAGGUUGCAGCUCUGGGACACAGCGGGACAGGAGCGCUUCAGGAGCCUCAUUCCCAGCUAUAUCCGGGACUCCACUGUGGCUGUGGUGGUCUACGACAUUACAAAUGUUAACUCAUUCCAGCAGACGUCAAAAUGGAUUGAAGAUGUGAGAACAGAGAGAGGAAGUGAUGUCAUCAUCAUGCUUGUCGGCAACAAAACAGACCUGGCAGAUAAGAG